CAGACGCCGACCGAAGCAUGUGGCGGAACCAGCACCAACCAAGCGGCGGCCAGGGAUGACCUCAACACCAGGACGCACACGCAAGGAUCGCUUAACCAUGGCAGCCGUGAAAAAUUUCAGUUGAUAUAAAACUAUCCUGUUCACGAAUUUUUAUUUUUUAGAUAUUGUUCUUAGCUUGACGACACAAGGAACUGAAGUUGGAGGCCGCCGCCACCACCAAAGCGUUGUCGUUUCGGUUUCUUAUAUUAUUUCUUGGAAACCCUGUCAACGUUUUUCUUUGUCUUCACCAACCAGAAGACGAAUCCUCCACUCCAUACUCUUCGAAACCAAAAAGCCACCUUUCCCAUCUGAAAAGCGUAUUUUCUUUCAGCUAGUCCUCUUCUUCUUUUCAAAAUUUAAAUUUACAUUCAAAGAAUUCUAAAAUCCCAAGUGACAGAAACCAAAAAAAUUCGAGCUUGCUCAAACUAUGGUCCAAUUUCUAGGCACAGUUCGUGUAUCUCCUUCUCUACCCAGUUUUGAUCACCACGGACGCCAAUUCUCUUUCCAGAGCUCUUCACUUUCACUUUCCCGUAAUGGGCUCUCUCCAUUUUCACUUUCCAAAAAUGGGUUCUCUCUAUCUAAGAGGAUUCUGCGAGCUUGCUUUGUUUCAAAUGCAGGAGGAAAUGCGGAUGCACAUUCACCCUUAGAACAAUCUGAAAUCAUAUUCAUGGGAACAGGAACUAGUGAAGGGAUUCCACGUCUCAGCUGCCUUACUAAUCGUUCAAAGAAAUGUCCGGUGUGCUCAAAAGCUGUGGAACUAGGUAAUAAGAACAGGAGAUUGAACACAGGCCUCCUUAUUCGUUAUUCUGGGCCGGGUGAACGACGCAACAUUCUAAUAGAUGUUGGCAAGUUUUUCUACCAUAGUGCUCUUCGAUGGUUUCCUGCAUUUGGGUUAAGAACAAUUGAUGCGGUUAUUAUUACUCAUUCUCAUGCUGAUGCAAUUGGAGGUCUGGAUGAUCUUCGGGAUUGGACAAACAAUGUGCAGCCUUGCAUCCCAAUCUACGUUGCACAGCGUGAUUUUGAGGUGAUGAAGAAGACUCAUUAUUAUUUGGUGGAUACGAGUGUCGUUACAACUGGUGCUGUUGUCUCAGACUUACAAUUUAACAUCAUACAUGAGGAGCCAUUUGUAGCAUCUGAUCUGAUGUUUACCCCUUUACCAGUGUGGCAUGGUCGUGGUUAUCGUUCCCUUGGUUUUCGCUUUGGUAACAUAUGUUACAUAAGUGAUGUUAGUGAGAUACCUGAAGGAACUUAUCCACUACUCAAGGACUGUGAAAUUCUGAUUUUGGAUGCUCUGAGGCCUGAUCGGUCUUCUUCAACACAUUUUGGACUUCCAAGGGCGUUAGAUGAAGUGCGGAAAAUUCAACCAAAGAGAACACUUUUCACAGGCAUGAUGCACCUGAUGGAUCAUGAGAAGGUAAAUGAGUAUCUUCUGAAAUUGAUGGAGACAGAAGGGCUUGAUGUACAACUAAGCUAUGAUGGGUUGCGUAUACCAGUAUCACUUUAACUUGUCAUAAUUCUACUUCCAUCCCAUUCUUUUUCUCAUUAAAUACAUAUAUCAUAGGGUGUAUACCCUUUUUCUGAAAAGUCUGUUGGUUCCUCAUGAGCUCAUGCAAUAUAGUUUCAAUUUGGGAAGUGAUAAUUUCCCCUUAAUGCUUUGAAUAUUCCGAUGUAAUUUGCUUUCAGCUUCAAUGCUGCCUGUCUUCGUGCGGCAGUCUAUAACUAAAACAAGUUUUUGAGUUGAUGAUUUGAAAUAAUUGUGGAGGCCAAAUGAAUAUUUUCUCAUCUUAUCAA